AUGGGGUGGUUCCAGUUCCUCCUCUGCCCAGUCAAGAAGCUCUGGUACCGCUUCCAUUCGGCACGCAGGAAUAGUACGCUUCCUCCUUCCUUCCCUCCCUCCCUCCCUCCUCUCUCUCCUCUCUCUCGGUUUUUCUUCUCCUUCAUUAGUCCAACUCAGAAAUUUUUAGAGUUGCAAUCAAUACAUCGUUGAGGUCUUUUCCUAGCCCACGAUCAGAACCCUUCUACGUUUCUUAGUCGGUUCCUUCCAUCCCAUAUGCACUCUUCCCCUCUUGGCUGGGUUGUUCGUGUUCUUAUCGAAACCUCUGCCGCUGCUCCACGAGUAGCCGGCGCAGAAAAGAAGGCCCUCUCAUUGCCCCAAACACCAUACCUUCGUUGCGUUUGCUUACAGGCAUGGGGAUAUACAUCCUUUACGAGGACGUGAAAUCGUGCCAAUGCGAGGACGUGCACGUGCUGUGGUCGAUACUAGUGGAGUCUCAAUCGCCGCCAUUCCGUCCCCCACCGAGGACAUGA